GAAGCCUUUUGACUGAUUUUUUCCUUCUUCUGUUAUCCAAAGGAGGGCCUGAGAGGGGAGCUGACCACUCAGUGGCUUUUCUCUGGUGCAAAAGGGAAGAAUCCAACUCCAGAGUUCUCCAGAAUUUGCAAAGCAGGGGAUGAAGAGGACAACAGGAAUUCUAUGGAGCCAGCCAUUCUUUCAUUGACAGAAAACCCCAAUUCUGAAGCACCAAAAAAAUCUACAUAUUUAAAAGGAGAAAAAGGGAAGAAGGGAAGUCAAGAAAAAAGAGAUAAAGAAAUAUCCAGCUUCUCCUGCUAUUGAUGUUGAUUCACUUCUGAGAACGUGAAAAAAAUCGACAAGGAAAAGGAAAGAGAAAAAAUUCCUUGGGCAUGUAAACUUUCAAAGGAAUCUUAUAUGACAAUACAAUUGACAAAAUCCACAUACUGUACAUAGAAAAAGUGAAGAGCAUCACUAUGCACAGUGAUUGUACUUCAAGGGAAAACCAUCUGAGAGGUGAGAAACCGUACAAAUGCCCACAGUAUGGAAAGAGCUUCUUUGAGAAAAAUCACCUAUAUUCCGAGCAAAAAAUUUACACAGAUGGAAAACCAUAUAAAUGCCUGGAAUGUGGAAAGAACUUCAGUCAUAGUAGCAGCCUCAGUUGCCAUAAAAGAAUUCACACAGGGGAGAAACCAUAUAAAUGCAUGGAAUGUGGACAGAGCUUCAUUCAGAGUAGUAACCUCAGUCGCCAUCAAAGAACUCACACUGCGGAGAAACCAUAUAAAUGCACAGAAUGUCAAAAGAGCUUCAGUCAUAGUAGUAGCCUCAGUAGCCAUCAAAGAAUUCACACAGGGGAGAAACCAUAUAAAUGCAUCGAAUGUGGAAAGAGCUUCAGUCAGAGCUGUCACCUGAGUUCUCAUCAAAGAAUUCAUACUGGGGAGAAACCAUAUAAAUGCAUGGAAUGUGGAAAGAGCUUCUAUGAUAGCAGUCACCUGAGUUCGCAUCAUAGAAUUCACACUGGGGAGAAACAAUAUAAAUGCAUGGCAUGUGGGAAGAGCUUCACUCAUAGUAGUAGCCUCAGUUGCCAUCAAAGAACUCACACAGGGGAAAAACCAUAUAAAUGCAUGGAAUGUGGGAAGAGCUUCAGACGUAGCUAUCACCUGAGUUCACAUCAAAUUACUCACACUGGGGAGAAACCAUUUAAAUGCAUGGAAUGUGGAAAGAGCUUCAGUCAGAGCAAAUGCCUUAGUUUACAUCAUAGAACUCACACAGGGGAGAAACCAUAUAAAUGCAUGGAAUGUGGAAAGAGUUUCAGUCGUAGCAGUCACCUGAGUUCACAUCAAAGAACUCACACUGGGGAGAAACCAUAUAAAUUCAUGUAUUGAGGAAGUGCUUCAGUCAAAACCAUAGACUUAGUUUACCUCAGAGAACUCACACGGUGAAAAACAGGGAAUAUGAAAAUCGCCGCCAUGACAUUUGGCAUUUUGUGGAGGAGUCUGUUUUUUUCUCUCUCUUUGCUCUGGCUCAUCACAUGGCCUAGUGGGAGGGCCUAGUAGUUUGAAUCCUGAUUUUACUGGAGCCUGUGUUCAUUCUCCCUAAGUGUUUUUGGCUGGGAAGGAAGAGGAAGGUAGGCAUUUUGUGGAGGAGUCCACAACAAUACACACUAAUCACCCAUCUACAGAAAAAGACAAAAGCCUAUCUCACAGCUAUAAAUACUACACUC